AUGACACAUAAGAUCAGCUUGAUGCCCGGUGCCUGUGCUGGCAGCUGUGAAAGCGAUAUGGCUGAGCUGAAAGGACGUUUAGCCAGGCUUGAGAGAGAAAUGUCUUUGCUGAAGGACAAAUGUCCAUGUUCUGCAAAUUGUCCAAAUGAUUGUAGUGGCAAUGGAGAAUGUCAAAAAGGAAAAUGCAUAUGCCAGGAAGGAUUCAUGGGUUCAGACUGCAGAAAUUGUGCUCAAGGAGCAGAGUGCCAUAAAACACCACAAGGAAUGUUCAAGAACUUCACAGUAAUCAGAAGAGAGCCGCAAACAGACGGCAGUGAGUAUCAGGAGCUUGAAGAAGAAUUUUUCGAGGGACACAAUACUCAUAUCACAAAGAAUACAAUGGAGGUCCAGGUACUCAAGGAAAGUGCUUCCUCUUCAAGUAAAGUUGUCGCUUCAAGAAGUAAACCAGAAACCAAGAGGAUCAUGUUGGUUGUGCCUGGCAAUGUACGAUCAGUUGAAUUCAGUAACCUUCGUACAAGCACGCGCUAUGUCCUGCACAUAUAUGGCAUAGCAGCUGAUAGACGAUCCAAGAUUCACAGAGUUGUUGCAACUACAGGUCCUGAGCCAGCCGCAGAUAUGGUUUUCAGUAACAUAACUGAGACAUCACUUGUGGUCUCUUGGUCUAAACCCAAAACGACAAUCACAGGCUACAUGAUCACCUAUACUCACAUUGUCACAGGUGAGACCCAUUCAGUGAACCUGGACACCCAGCAGACCCAUUUUGUUCUUUCCAAAUUGUCUGCUGGAUCAUCAUACAUUGUAACUGUUACCACAAAACAAGGCAGAGUCCAGAGUGAUGCUCUUGUGUCCAUUAUAACCACAGUGCCUGCACCGCCAACCCACCUCAGAGCUAUCAAUGUGACGGAUACUAGAGCAGUGCUGCAAUGGACUCCAAGCAUGGGCAAGGUAGACCGUUUCAUCAUCAGCUACGAAUCUUCCAAGACUCCUAAUGUAACUGUGACAGUGAUGGUGUCUGGAAACUCAGUGGAACACCAACUGAGAGGCCUGCAGAGAGGCACCGUGUACACCGUCAAAGUCCUCAGCCAGAAGGACAGUCUUCAAAGUUUGGCCAUUACAACGUCUUUCACCACUGCCAAUGUGGUCAAAGCCAGUGAAGUGGGUGCUCGGUCUGCUCUGAUUGUUUGGAAAAGUUCCACUGUGGUUUAUCACAGCUACAGACUGAUCUACCAAGUGGUAGGAGAAGAAGCAAUGGAGCUUAUCCUGGAGCCCACCAUCACAGAGUAUAAACUGACAGGGCUCUUACCAAUGUCGCGCUAUAAUGUUCUGGUGGAAGGCGAGCGAGAUGGACAUUACACAUCAAUUGUAACCACCGAAUUCAUCACAGGGAAGCUGCGUUUCCCCUAUCCGACUGAGUGUUCUCAGGAGCUGCUAAAUGGAGCUCUUCAAUCAGGAGAGGUGAACAUCUACCCUCAGGGGAAGGAUGGCCCAGUCUACAGAGUCUACUGCGACAUGGAGACUGAUGGAGGCGGUUGGACGGUGUUCCAAAGAAGAAUAAAUGGAAAGACAGAUUUCUACCAAACCUGGAGUGAAUACAAAGCUGGGUUUGGAAACCUCAGUGAGGAGUUCUGGCUUGGAAAUGAACAUCUGCACAACUUGACCAGCAUUGGUCCCGUGAGUUUGAGAGUAGACCUGAAAUCCGGAAACGAAACGGCUUAUGCUCACUAUGCCAACUUUUCCAUUGAUUCAGAAGAGAAUAAUUUUGCCCUCACGGUAUCUGGAUACACAGGGACAGCAGGUGACUCUAUGAGGUAUCACAAUGGCCGUCCAUUCUCAACCCGGGAUAAGGACCCUGACUCUUUGGGGAUCCACUGUUCUCGGGCCUACAUGGGAGGCUGGUGGUAUAAAAACUGCUACAAAACCAACCUCAAUGGUCUUUAUGGAAUCAACACUAAUAAUCAGGGAGUCAUAUGGAUAGACUGGAAAGGUAAAGACUCCUCCAUUCCUCUGACUGAGAUGAAAUUCAGACCGUCCAGGUUCUCACCCGCGACACAUGGCUAA